UAUAUACGGCAACAAAGUCGCAUACAUCCAGCCAGCCACACAGCAUAAGAUGCGUGGCCAGUUUUACGUGUUGUGUUGUCCCAGUGCAUAAUCAAGCUUCCAUAAGUGCUCGCGCGCGUGCGAAGGGUGUAUCGUGUCCGGUGCCUGCAGUUUACAUCCCAGCUGAUUAUGUGCGAGAAUAAAUCCGGAGCCAGACGACGACGCUGCGGAUGCUCGACGUCGGCGACGACGACGCGGUGAGGAAAAAACAGCUGACGAAGCGGAUCGAAUGACGACUCCUCUGGCGCUGCUACGUGCUGCUGCCUCGUUGUUGUUGUCAUUAUCAUGUAUCCCACGGCGAGGACCGAAUACAUUAGCCUCGACCUCGGUCUUGGCCCGCCGGCUUUCAUCAGCAGCAAGCCGACCUCGCGCAGCUUGUGGAGGCAAUGGAACCAGCUCUCUAGAUUUCAACGAAAUAUUUUAUACUUCUCUGUGAUAACUUUUAUAAUUCUCAUCGUAUAUUUGAUGCCUGGAAAAUCUCAGACUCAUGCAGGAAUCGACGAGAUUGACUAUGAUAGCGCUAAAAACGAUGCCCAGCUACCGAAGGGGGCAGAUGAAUUAUUAGAAAAUAUCAAGAAGAUUGAAGAAGAGAAACAAUUGGAUGAUACGCAAGCAUUAUUAAAAAGUAUUAGAGAACGAUUAAUACAAAAACACGAAGAGGUAGAUAAAGCAGAAAAGUAUAAGGAAAAAAAUGAAAUCGCGGAAAAUAAUGAGAAAUCCAAGAACGCGGAUAAUCAGCAGCAGGUCGAAGUCAUCGAAGGGCCCGAGUUUCAGCCCGAAGCCAAUCAAAUCGACGGCAAUCAGAUUCACGAGCCACCGAAGCAUAAAAUCGAGCCGCUCAAAUUUGAUGGCCCGCAAAAUGACAGGCAACGAGCAGUCGUGGCGGCUUUCAAGCACUCCUGGACCGGAUACAAAAAAUUCGCCUGGGGUAAGGACAACGUCAAGCCAAUAUCCAAAGGAUUUCACGAAUGGUUCGGAUUGGGAUUGAGCAUCGUCGACGCUCUGGAUACAAUGUAUAUGAUGGGUUUGAACGAAGAAUUCGACGAAGCUCGAAAUUGGGUCAAGGACAGCUUGAACUUCAAACAAAACAGGGACGUCAAUCUGUUCGAGGUCACCAUCCGAGUACUCGGAGGACUGCUGUCGGCCUACCAUCUGUCCGGCGACACGAUGUUCCUCAACAAAGCCAUCGAUCUCGGCGACCGCAUGCUGCCCGCCUUCAACACGCCCUCCGGCGUACCCUACUCGGACGUGAAUCUCGGCGCCCGCAGCGCCCACCCGCCCAAGUGGGGCCCCGACAGCAGCACCAGCGAGAUCACCUCGAUCCAGCUGGAGUUCAGAGAUCUGAGUCGCAGCAGCGGCAUGAGCAGAUUCGAGGAUUCCGCGUCCAAAGUGUCCGAGCACGUGCACAGGCUGGAGAAGUACGACGGAUUGGUGCCGAUAUUCAUCAACGCGAAUACGGGCAUGUUCAGAGAGUACGCGGUCAUCACGAUGGGAGCGAGGGGUGACAGCUAUUACGAGUACUUGUUGAAGCAGUGGAUACAGACCGGCAAACGAUUGACUUAUUUGAAAGACGACUAUCUGCAAGGAAUCGCGGGUACGGAGAAACAUCUGAUCAAGAAAACAGCCGUUAACAAGUACUGGUUUACAGCUGAGCUCUUGGGCACGACUCGCGAUCUAAAACCAAAAAUGGAUCAUUUGACCUGCUACUUGAGCGGAACGCUGGCACUGGGCGUACACAACGGCUUACCCAAGGAUCAUCUGACCCUGGCCGACGAGCUGCUGAAAACUUGUUACCAAACUUACCUCAUCCAUCCGACUGGUUUGGCGGCCGAGCUCACUUACUUCAAUAUGCAGAAAACCGAUGACGCAAACCAUCGAGACAUGUACGUUAGAACGAACGACGCUCACAAUUUAUUGCGGCCUGAAUUCAUCGAGAGUCUGUACUAUAUGUAUUACUUUACCGGCAACAAGACUUACCAGGAUUGGGGAUGGAGAAUAUUCCAGUCCUUCGAGAACUACACGAAAGUGGAGCACGGCUACACGAGUAUUAGUAACGUGAAAAAUAUCCACAACACGCGACCCCGCGACUUGACCGAGAGCUUCUGGUUCGCCGAGACCCUCAAGUAUUUGUAUCUGCUGUUCGACGACUCGAGGCAGCUGAUAAGCCUCGACAAGUGGGUGUUCAAUUCCGAGGGCCAUCCGUUGCCCAUCUACGAAUCGUAAUGAUAUAAUAAUGUCUUAGACGAGAGGUGACGCGAGAAAAAAAAAUUGUUGGCAAUUGUAAAUGAAUAAGAGAAAAAA